AUGACGACUGAUUUGGAUACUAUUAAUCAUGUCAAUGAAACAACUGCCAUUUUCGACGAUAUCGACAAAAUCCUUGCCAAUUACGAUGAUACCGGUGGCAGUAAGAACACCUCGAUGGCGCAACUUCGUACCCAAGUUGCUUCAAUCUACCCUUAUGAGGACCCAAAUUUCCUUUAUCACUGGUCUUCCGUGGCUCGCGCCGCCAUCAAUCUGGACGCUCGAGCAAACCGAUUGUGUUUCCCUCUCACUUAUGAGUGGCCAGAGAAUCCUGACCCUCAAAGCAUUCCGCCUAUCGUACUCAGCGGUAGACUUUCACCUCCUCCCACCAUCGAUGUCUACGGUGUCAUUGAAGGGUUCUUCGAUAGACCGAUCCAACCCUCACCUUCCAGGUUUGAGGAUUUAUCGAUGUUUCCCUCUAAUCCUAUCACAAACUCUGGCAAAGCCCCUCCACCACCUCCUCUUUUACCCCAGGCUUUUUCAGUCGGUGCUCGUACGCCAAGCCCCCCUGCAGUUGACCCCCCUCCAACUCAAGGACCAUCACUCCUUCAUCAUAUCACUUUUUCUAAAAGUCCUUGGUUCCCUCAAAACCCCCCAGUUACAGCUCGAUCUGAUCAUCCAACCAUCUCUCGCCGUACUGUGGUUAAACAACAGCCUAUUCCUUCUUGUCCCAUCUUUGAAAGGAUCGACAAGGGCAAGAGAAAGAGAGAUUCAUCUUUCUCAUCAUCCCGUUCUUCAAUCCCCCCCUUUAUUACAGCACCAGCUGUCUCUGGCAUCCCAGGUCACCCUGGUCUUUCUUCUUUUGUCCCAGCACCAGCUGUAUCUGGAGCACCAGCUACCUCUGGAAUCCCAGCUUUCGCUGGUCCCUUUACAGGUGCUAUUACUUCUGCGCCGUAUUUGGAUGACAACGAGCACCUCGUUCCCAAAGAGUUCUCCCCCGUCUCUUUCCAGUUUUAUGGAGCAGUUGCAUCAUCUGAUCCCCCUCAAAGUCGUCUCCGCAUCAACGCUGAUGGAGAUCUUAAAAACGUUGAAGGAUCAGCUCCCAAAGAAAUUACUGAUAAUAAUCACUGGCAGAACUUACUCACGGUCCUCAAACACGCCUACAUUGCAGCAUUUCCUCCUGCAGCUGUUUCAAUUAAAAGCUAUUUCGACUACAUCCUCAGCCUCCCAGGUCUCUUUCAAGCUAGAGUUCACUGGGAAGAUACUACGAGCACAAAUCCCUUAAGGGCAUCGACAACCAAAUUCUUUACAGCUCAACCAGAAAAUUGGGCCGUGCAGCUAUUCCUUCCUCCAAAUAUCCUACAACUCAAUCCACUCCUUGAACCCCUAGGCUCGCCAUUGAAGCAGCUCCUGCUCCCUGCCAGUCUUCCUCUCGCUCCGCUAUUAAGAAGCCGCGAGGUCGACGAGUCAAGCCCAAGUAUAAAAUUCGCGACUCCGAAACUCUUCCUGUGGCUGAUCAGCCUUGUAAUAACUGGAAUGCUUGCGUGUGUCCCUACAGCAACAAUGACUGCGACCGAGUACACGGGGUAUGCAACAAAGAUGGAUGCUUUGAGAAUCAUCAGGGAAGCGUCGCUCACAAAUGAGCCUAACGCCCGAACCUUUCUGAGAGGUCUUGAAAUCGAUGUUCUCAGUAAAGGUUACUCUGCAGCAGUGGAAUCAUCUAUCCAUGCAGCCCCUCUUCCUUCAGCCCCACCUCUUUCUUCUGAUCCUUUAGCAGCUUACGCUAUUAAAAGAAGACCCGACCUUUUUCAAAUCAACUGCUCAAUCAAUGUAAAAAACUUACAAUCCCUUCUCAAAAAUCACCCAAACAAACCAUUUGUAGAUUCUAUUAUCGUCGGCCUUACAGAUGGAUUUUGGCCAAUUUCAUCUUUACCUUCAGACGACACAGUUUUCAACAAAAACCACGCUACAGGUCCAGAGGCGGAAGAGGUCCUUACGAAAACUCGAGACAAAGAAGUCAAGCUCAAUAGGUUCUCUCUGCCUUUUUAUACCCUCCUUCCAGGUAUGAAAGUGUCACCCUUAUGUCUGGCAACAAACCCAACCUCUGGCAAAGUUUGUAUGUGUACAAAUAUGUCCUUUGCCAAUCCCUCUCCAAACGAUCUCAUCGAAAAGGAAGACAUCCAGAUAGAUUUAGAUGGCAUCCCUUAUUUCAUCCCAUUUAUGCUUUAUCAUUAUUUCGGUAAACAUAAAUUUAUCCUUUGGAAAUCCGACGUUGACGCCGCCUUUUGA